AUGUGGAGAUACACGAACUUGUUCGCCUGUCUGUUGGUUUUGUGUCCGCAUGCGUCUUCACAGAGCAAGAUCUUUGGGGAGACUGAGCCUGUCCGGAUGACAUCAGAGGGCUCAGACUGCCGCUGUAAGUGCAUCAUGCGUCCUCUCAGCAAGGACGCCUGCCUGCGGCUGCGAAGUGGCAGUGUACGUGUGGAGGACUUCUACACAGUGGAGACAGUCAGCUCCGGAUCUGACUGUAAGUGCUCGUGCACUGCCCCACCUUCCUCCCUCAACCCCUGUGAGAAUGAGUGGAAAAUGGAGAAGCUGAAGAAACAGGCCCCUGAGUUACUAAAGCUCCAAUCUAUGGUGGACCUCCUCGAGGGAACCCUUUACAGCAUGGAUCUAAUGAAAGUCCACUCCUACAUCAACAAGGUGGUGUCACAGAUGAACACCCUGGAAGAGACAAUCAAGACAAACCUUACACGGGAUAAUGAAUUUGUCCGGGACAGCAUGAUGAGCCUCACCAACCAGUUCAAGAGAUAUGAGAACUACACCAACAUUAUGAUGAGCAUCAAGAAGGAGAUCUCCAGUCUCAGCUUGCAGCUGCUUCAGAAGGACUCAGCUGAGAGCAAAGUACAGGACACUAAUGAUGGGAAAACCAAGGUGACUGUUAAAGUACCCAACAAAAAGAACCCUCCAGCCAAACCCCCUCUAAAACAACCCAAAGAAAAGGUCAUAAAGCCCAAGAAAGAGGUCAUUAAACCUGGGAAGCCGGUCAAGCCUGACCCUACAGCCAAAGCCAAGGUGGUUGGCCUCCAGCCUGGUGUGGUAAGGGGCAUCACAUACUACAAGGCUUCCAAGACCAGUGAUGAGCAUGGAGAAGAUCACUCUGCCAAAAUGUACGCAGUCCACCACAUCACAGAAAGCCAGUCUGAGGACGGAGGAGCUGAAAUGGUCCUGGAAAACAUGGAGACCACGGUGGCUGAACCCAUCACUACCACUGCAGUUCCCACCACCACAACCACCAUCACCACCCCAGCAACUACCACCACCGCUACGACCACCACACAGGGCACACCAGCAUCGGAAAGACCAGCUCCAACCAUAGUGCUGCUGCUGGACAACUCCAACAACAACAGUCGGCCCACUCUCCACAGAGCAGGGAAGAUCCUCAAAUGUGAAGGGACAUUAGCAUCCAUCGAGCAGCCAGAGAAGCAGCACAGUUAUGGGCGCAACGAGGGAGCCUGGAUGAAGGAUCCCCUGGCCAAAGACAACAAGAUCUAUGUCACCAACUAUUACUAUGGAAACAACCUGGUGGAGUUCCGCAAUCUGGACAACUUCAAACAAGGCCGGUGGAGCAACCUUUUCAAGCUGCCAUAUAACUGGAUAGGAACAGGCCAUGUCGUUUAUAACGGAGCCUUCUACUACAACAGAGCCUUCACCAAGAACAUCAUCAAGUAUGAUCUGAGGAUGCGAUAUGUGGCAGCCUGGACGCUGCUGCAUGACGUGGUUUAUGAGGACACCACCCCCUGGAAGUGGAGGGGACACUCAGACAUUGACUUUGCAGUGGAUGAAAGUGGCCUGUGGGUGAUCUAUCCUUCCAUGGACUAUGACUACAACCAGCAAGAGGUGAUUGUCAUCAGUAAACUAGAUCCUGGAGACCUGUCCUUGAAAAAGGAAACAACGUGGAGGACAGGUCUCAAGAGAAACUCUUAUGGGAACUGCUUCAUCAUCUGUGGCGUCUUGUAUGCUGUCAAUGUGUACAACCAGAAAGAAGGUGAGGUGAACUAUGCUUAUGAUACCCACACCAACAGUGAAGCUAUCCCUCGCCUGUCCUUCACCAAUGAGUACUCCUUCACCACCCAGAUUGACUACAACCCCAAGGAGAAGGUUUUGUAUGCCUGGGACAAUGGCAAUCAGGUGACAUAUCAGGUUCACUUUGUCGACCAGUGAGCACAGCUAGUUUGUGCGACAGAUAAGCUCACAGUAGGGAUGCCAGUAUGGCACCUAUUUAGAAAAAGGAUGUUCAGUAUUGACUGCCGAGAAGCAGGCAUAUUGGACUAAACAGGACAAAGGAUGAAUCUACUCCAGCCUUCCACUACCAAUGCAUGUUAUUCAAACAACUGACCUCGCAAAAUACCAAACAUACAUGCCUCAAGUAUGUAUUGGGAUGUGUUUGUACAAUAGAAUGGGGCGCAAACAGUGGAAAUAAUCUAAUGGGUUGAGUUAAAGCUCAUUAGGUAGAGUCUAUAAUCAUAGAGAUUUCUUUAUAUCUGCAUUUAUUAAAUGUCAGCAGGCUGGCUAAAAAGAUAAAUAGUUUUUAAAUCAUGAGUUUAAGGGACACUGAAGCUUACAUUUUAGAAUUAUCUCUAGGUGUUGCAAUAAAUUACAGUAGUUUCUGAGGCCUGGGGGCUGAUUGGCAUGAGCAGAGGCUGGGUGAGAUAGAGUUACAUUAAUCAAGCAGUAACUCCCAAAUAUAAUUGUUAAUAUCCUUUAAUUUGAAAGAUUCAGAUAAAUAUAUUUCAAUAUAAUACGUGCAGUAUAUGGCUACUCAUAGGGUGAAAGUGGUUUUGGUCGCUGUAUCUAUUCCUCCUGUAAAUACUGACCAUGAUAUGAUGCCCUUGAGUAACUCAUGCUAGCUUCAGCAGAACUUUUAUUUAAUUCUGCUCUGCAGGACAGUUUUCAGACGGGAGUCCCUCUUAGCCAAUAAAAUGUAUUUUGACCAUGAUUUUUGCUGUACAGACAUAGACAUUUCCUGACUGGUUAGCAGUUAGCCAUCUGUUUGCCCACUGCAGUAAUUCAUCAACUAACCUUGCAAGUAGUCACUUAUCCUCUUGCACUGCUCAUUUCAUCAGGAUGCAUUGAUUAACUCACUGCACCUAUCGGAAUAAAACAAGAAGCCACCAAGCUAUCAAAUAAUUCAGUGAUGGUGUAGCACGAAUUAAUAAGCUUAUGCUACUUAGCUAAUGUAAGCAAGAUUUGUGUGUCCAUCUUCACAAUGGACUGUAUUUCUUCAGCCAAGAGUUGUCUUGUAGCUUACACAGGAAAAGCAGCAUGAGAAAAGUAGCCAAUGUAUUAGAUAAUGCAAAAGUGGCUAGAUUUAGCAACCAUCAUUAGGCCCUCUUAUAUUAGAUUCUCUUUUACCUUUUAAUGGGUUUCAACUAUUCAACACAAAGUUCGUGUUGAUUGGCUCAGUCCCCAGGCAUUUAACUCAACCAUGGAGAUUAUUUCUGCCUCCCGAGAAGUUCUACUUCCAAGAAAUGUUUGUAAAAUGUAACUUUUACCUAUUGUUUCACUUGCCCAACUAAUCCAUCCCAUCACCUAGCACUUUGACAAUGAUCUGCUUUGUUUAAUAUUCCGGCCUCAUAAUGCUUCCUGUCUCUUUACAUUAGAUAUUGUUUUGAGAUAUGUGUUGAAUAUGAACUCCCAAAUUAUUUUUUUUCAGAGAUAAGAACAUUUAGAAUUCAUGUAUAAAUAAAAGUCUUAUGCUCUUAAGAUUUAUUUAUUUACAUGAAAUCAUGACAAUUCAUAGCCCCUAACUAUUUGUCAAGGUUCCAAGCAUCUUAUUAAAUGCCAAUGUUGAUGUAUAAAAGUAUACACUAUCUUUCAUUGUUAAUACAUUUUGCAUAACCACUACAUUUAAUGUAUUUACUGUGUAUUUGAAUAUUUUCACCUCAGUGCAUAUUUAGAACUGUGAUCAGUCAUGCUCAUAUGAAAGGUGCAAUGUACCGUUAUCUCUUCAAGCUUCAACAAAGAAAACCUUGAACAUUUGUGUUUUGACAUUGAGAGGCAGAACUGUGUGGGGCACAUGGUGGGAAUGGUAAUCUUUAGCAUUAGCCUCACAACACUUAAUAGUGCUCUCAUAUACCGCCACACUGUUUUGCCUGUUCUUGAAUUAUUCAGUGUUUGGUUUGUUCAUAUAAAGCAUGCUGACUGCAAUACAAUAUUAUGUUCAGUUGCAAAGUCUUUAUACUUAUACAUUUUAAAUGAAAUGUAACCCAACACUUGAAACCAGCUGUGUGUAUGUCUGUGGUAUGAAAUAAAAUUCCCAUAAUAAA